CGCGGACCUGCAUCGCUCGCCCCGGCCUCGCCGCGCAGCCCGUUGGAGGGGCGCCGGGUGGCUGCUGCCUCCCGAUGAGGCUCCGCCGGGCCGUCCAGCAUGAAGAGCCGGGCUCGCCAGCCGCUGAUUCUGAAGAAGAGGAAGACGCCGCCGCCGCUGCAGGCCAGCCCCGCCGAGGACGCCGAAGCCGGCCGCCGAGCCGGCCGGGUCAAGCAGGAGCCAAGGCUCGCCCGCCAGCUCCGAGGCAUCCCGGCCUCCCCCGGCCGGGUGGGCGCAGGUGAGCGCUCGGCCCCGCUCCGCCCCCCCGGGCUGCUCACCCCUGCCCAAGGCGUCCCGGAGAGGCCAGCCCCGGAACGGUCUCCUGGGAAGGACCCAGGCGGGCUGAGCCUGUGCAGCCAAGACAGCAGCCUGGGCCCCGGGCCCUUUCAGGACCUGUCCGGAUCCGAAGAGGAGAGCCUGGCCACCAGCCGCGGGGCCCCCGAAGAGGAAGAACAGCUGUCCGGGAUAUGGCCCUGGAGCCCGGAGGAGUCGGACUUUUUGGCCUUGCAGUCCUUGGGGAGCCGAGAAGAGGAAGGACCCAGCAGCGAGGACUCGGUCAGUUCUGGCUUGAGCAGCAGUCUGACCAACAUCCAAUGGUUGGGCAAGAUGUCUUCCACGGCGCUCAGCUCCUGUAGCGUGAAGAAGGACACGGAGAAGGAGAACCAGACCCCAGAGCAGAAGACAAUUAAGUCUGAGGAGAGUCCCGCAGUGGCCGCCGUCUGUCCGGGUUCAUGGAAGGAAUCCUUCUCCGAACGGCCCCCCUACUCUUACAUGGCCAUGAUCCAGUUUGCCAUCAACAGCACCGAGAAGAAGCGCAUGAUGUUGAAGGACAUCUACACCUGGAUCGAGGACCAUUUUCCCUAUUUCAGGCAUGUGGCCAAGCCAGGCUGGAAGAACUCCGUGCGUCACAAUCUUUCCCUUCACGACAUGUUUGUUCGGGAGACGUCUGCCAAUGGAAAAAUCGCAUUCUGGACCAUCCAUCCCGAAGCAAACCGUUACCUGACCCUGGAUCAGGUGUUCAAGCAGCAGAAACGUCCAACUUUGGAUCUGCAGAAGAACGCGAAAGGCACCAAGAUGGAGGCUCAGAUCUCCCGGCCAAGGAUUAAGCCCUUGCUGCCACGGGUCAGUUCCUACAUGGUUCCAGUCCACUUCCCGACGAGCGAGCCAUUCCAUCUCCCGUUGCCUUCAAGGCCACCUCUGCCUGCAGACCAGACUGCCUUGGGGACCAUGCAGGGCAACCCAGCCGAACACCCUGCGCCAAAGAUCCUGCGCUCCAGCGAAGAACCGGUCCUGUUGCCUUCUCCGAGCUCCAUAAAGGAGGAAAAAUAUUGCGGCGAAGAGUCUUGUUCAUUAAACCCACAGUGCCCUCUUGAGGAAGGCAGUUGUACAGACAGCGGAAAACCAUUGGCGGGAGUUCUGAGCGACAGUUUUCUCUCCCCGGAGUGGGUCUCCUCUUUCCUCCCGGUAUGGCCUGUGAAGGAGGAACCAGCGGGAGCUGGUGAAGAGCAGGACCUCCGUGUGCAAGCGUCCCCCAUAAAACAAAAGAGACAGGUUACAGGGGUCAGGUCAGCCCCCCAAAGUACGCUGGUUAUAAAGAGGCAAGAAUUGGGCAGAUCCAGAAGGAAGCAGCACUUAGCCCUCUCUUCCUCAGAAGAACCGGUUCUCCUUCUGCCCCUCGGUGGUGGUGGCUCAACAUCCUUCCUGAUGAGACAAUGUCCUUCCACUCUGGAGGAACCUCUAGAGACCCUUGUCUGUGGUCCAGAAGAAGACCCUCCAGUGAACUGCAGGCGGCCCAAAGCUUCCACCCCAAAUAAAGUGCCCAUAACCACUUCUAUACCCCUGCCACCUACUGACCAGUGGAGAUUGACCCCUUUGGUCAACGAAAGGAGCACGGUUGAUUUCAGUUCUCCGAGAUCUUCUCCCUUGCCGUUCCUGCCCUUCCAGGAUAAUUUAGAUCUGGAGUUUAAUGAGACCUCACUGAGGCAAUCCUUGGGCGACUCUCCCCAGUGUCCACUUCUGAACGCGGAAAUGGGUGAAAUAGUCCCUGAACUCUUGGACACUUCUUCCCCAUCCAGCAAGGUGGCCUGUGAGCUUCCAGGGGACAACUCCCUUCUGGAAGACCUUGUUUUGGAGAACAUGCCUGAGAACUGGAGCAAGCUCUCGCUGGACCUCAGUUUUCCAGACCCCGAGAACUUGGAGACCGAUCUGAGCUGGUCACAGCUCCUUCCUCACCUAAAAUGACCCAGUUGGGCUCCUUGCAAAUAACUUCACCUGGGCGGCACAUUCAGAAGACCCCAGUCCCAUACCUUACUGGCAUUUCAGCAAAUAUGGGUCUUGAUUAACUCAGAGGUCACCCGAAUGUAAGGAUCGAGAAAGCCGUAGCCACGAUAGGUUGAAGGAAGACUCCCUAUCCUGUUUUCUACACCUGCUUCUUUGCAGAUGAUGGUUUGGGCAAAUCUAGAACACUCCCGUAAGGGGUCAGAUGGAAAGCUCCAGGGCUGUCAAUAGUUUUGGAGACAACUUCUAGAGUUUCUGCUGAAGGAAAGAUUCAUCUAUUGAAAGGUGUCUGGGCUACCCAAAUGACAUCUUACCUAGCCUUGGGCCUUAGAUGUUAAUCCCUUGAUGCUUUGGGGCAAUUGCUGUCUUAUUCUAAUAAGAGAAGCUUGAUCUCAUUGCUAAAGUCUGAAAAUUAGGUUCAGGGCUGCUAGACAGUCAGAAAACAAUAAAAUUGGUGCCUCUCCAUGGGAUUCCCGCCACAUCUGUAGCCUAAAGCAUCAUGAGAAGUGUGUUAAGGGGCCGCAUUUAGCUAACUAAAGUGGGAUCUGCUUAUCUAGAGGCUGUGGCGUUUCGCCUCUAGCUAGGACAGUGUUUCUCAAC